AUGGGGCUUUUCUCUUCCAGCUCCUCUGUGACCUCCGCCAAAGUGGCUGUGAAUGGCGUCCACCUGCACUACCUGCGGACUGGAGGUGGAGAGCACGUGGUCCUGCUGCUCCCAGGAAUGUUGGGAAGUGGAGAGACUGAUUUUGGACCUCAGAUUGAGAACCUGAAUAAGAAGCUCUUCACGGUGGUUGCCUGGGAUCCCCGAGGGUACGGACAUUCCAGACCCCCAGAUCGAGAUUUCCCAGUAGAAUUUUUUGAAAGGGAUGCAAAAGAUGCUGUUGAUUUGAUGAAGAUGCUGAAGUUUAAGAAGGUCUCUUUGCUGGGGUGGAGUGAUGGUGGGAUAACAGCCCUCAUUGCAGCUGCAAGAUACCCAUCCUACAUCAACAAGAUGGUGAUCUGGGGGGCCAACGCCUACGUGACUGACCAGGACGAGGAGAUUUAUCGGGGUAUCCGAGACGUGUCUAAAUGGAGCGAGAAAACGAGAAAGCCUCUGGAAGCCCUCUAUGGGUUCGACUACUUUUCCAGAACCUGUGAAAAGUGGGUGGAUGGCAUAAAACAGUUUAAGCAUCUUCCAGAUGGUAACAUCUGUCGGCACCUGCUGCCCCUGGUUCAGUGCCCCACCCUAAUCGUGCACGGUGAGAAGGAUCCUCUGGUCCCGAGCUUCCAUGCCGACUUCAUACACAAACACGUGAAGGGGUCACGGUUGCAUCUGAUGCCAGAAGGCAAGCACAACCUGCAUUUACGUUUUGCAGAUGAAUUCAACAAGUUAGCGGAAGACUUCCUACAGUGACAGUGUCCCCGAGGACAUGUGACCUGUGAAUCCUGAGCCUGGGGCUUGAGCCUGGUGCUGCCUUUGAA